AUGGAGGAGCGAGUGAAGCGGUUGGAACAGGAAAACCUGAGACUGCGCUCUGACUUGCGUGACAUGGAGAAGGCACUGAAGAAGGCCAAAGAUGAGCUGAAAAACCGCCAGACUCACUCACGACCCACCUCGGCCAAUCCUCGAAGGAAACGAGCCAAGUGGACGCUGAAGGGAAGGCAAGUGCAGUCAACAUACCUUUGUCGGUGUCGGCAGCUGCUGCGCACCAGAAUGGAUCCUUCGUGGUUCAGGAAAGUUGGGAAAGAGUUGUCCGAGCUGGUCGCACGAUGGGAAAGCUUCAAAACGCACGACUGGCAGAAUGUAGUUGGUCGCUUACGCGUUGCACACUAUGCCAGGCAGUCGUGA